CACAACCAUAUUAUUGAAUUAAAAACCUUGUUUACUCUUUUGAGUAAUUCCUUUAAAAUAGUGUGAUGCUAUUUUAUCCAAAUUUCCUAAUGAAAUAUCUCUAAAGUUGGCUACUUUAGGGUGCGUUUUAGGAGUCUAAUUUUAUACAUUAGUAGUGAUUAUUAAUGUGUAAAAUAAGAUAAAAGCUCCAAGUUAAGAUAAGGGUGUGUCAUAUCUCUUAACACCAACUUGGUUUAUCCCUUCACUUUAUUUCUGCCCAUUUCAUUCCUCUCCAUUUUCUCUUUCUAAACCCCAUUCUAUUCUAUCUUCAUAAAUCAAAAUACCAAAAAAAGAACUCUUUCCCAUACUCCAUAUUUUACCCCUUCAAUUCCAUCGCCCAUUUUCUCCGCAAAUCCUUCUCCAAAAUAGCUACUCGUUAAGACCCUGGGUCUCGGGUACAACAUCUGGUAUCAGAGCUCAAUUUCGACGACUUUCUCAAGUCUCGACGAUUAACGGAGGACCAGUUUCACCCACGUUGCACAAAAGCAAGACUGCUGAAUUGCUCCUGAAAAUGUCAGCCCCAAAGCAGUGAUCACGGAGGAAGGUGCAAAAGUUGUUUCAACGUGAAACUUUCCAGUCUAAAAGUUUAACCUUUUAUCUACGUCUGACCGCUGAUUUCACUCAAUUCGGAGUUGUGGUUAGCGAGAUACGCCCUUCCAAAGUUGACAAUGCAGUCCUGCCCAAAUGCUGUCUAGCUUGCUUCUUUUGUCUCCAACGAGGUAGCACACAUAAAUCAAUGACUCUGAAUUUCUGAUAUAUCUUUAAGGACUUCAAUAUCUAACUUUGAGAGUUGGAAUCACUACAUUCCAAUCUCUGGUUGUUGAGAUAUGGAUAUCCAAAGAUACUUCAAAAAUCUUGAGAUUAUUUAUGCAAAUGAGGCAAUCCUUCAAGGACCAAUUAAACGGUGCUACAUGUGCUGUGGCUAUGGCCAUCACUACUGGAGGUGCACAAAUAAAGAAGACAUUCCUUAUGAAGAGCAUGUAAGGAUCAUAGCAGCAUAUGAGAAUCAACAAGAUGGCAAUUACGAAGAUGUCUUUGAUAACCAUGUCAAAGAUGAUGAUGUCUUCGUGGAAGAACCAACUUCUAAGGCUCAAGAAGAUUCAAUCCUUAUUGAUUCUCUCCUUAGUUGUGAAAGCUUCUUUGAAAAGGAUGUCGUGGAGGAUGCUACACUAGGUGAUAUAUGUUUUAAGGAAGUUGUUUCCUCUGAAUAUUAUCAUCUAAUUAGUGACGGAGAAUCUCAUCCAAUCAUUGAAGUAUAUGUGAAGAAGGUUCUACUAAAAGUGAUUACAUUUUUCCGGACAGUACAAAAAGAGGUGCCAACUUAUUCCGGAAAGAACCUCACUAUUGGUGGUUUCUUAAAUUUCCCAUUUGAUCCGGGAAUUCUUUUAUGAAACCCCAAUCAGUCACGGUGGUGCGAAAGUUUGAGGACAAACUUUCUUCGAAGAAGGGGAGUAUGAUGUACCCCUGGAUAGCUCUACCAAAACCCAAACUCUCCCAACAUAUCCAAAAGUUUUAUUUCUUUUCUUUUAUCAAAAAUAAAGUCUUUUCCAUCACAAUGAUAAGAAAAUAAAUGCCAAAACCUUUGUUUCUUGUUUUUAUCUUUUCAAAACCUUUUACCCAAAUAAUGCCUUUCCUUCUUUCUCUUCCAAUCUUGAAAAAAACUGCAUAAUCGAUUAUACACAAUUAAUAAUUGACUAUACUAUCCUUCUGACUCCUCGUUACAAAACUAGCAACCUUCACAAUCGAUUAUCUCAAAGCUAUUAAUCGAUUAUCGCCAUCCUCUGAAAAUACCCGGUUUUGUGCUAGUUUUGUUAAUCGAUUAUCCUUGAGGGUCAGUCGACUAUUGGGUGUCUCUGAACAUUCUUGGUUUGGAAGUCAUAUCUUGGUAAUCGAUUAUCAAAGAGUGAUAAUCAACUAUCCUACAUCUCUAAACCUUGAAGUCCCAAAGUUUGUAAGUCUUAUUUUCCUUUCCUAAGUUUGGGUACAAGGCUGAAAUUAUUCCCUGAAUUUCAACAAAGAAUAAAGCCUUUUCUUUCAUAAAACAAAAGCAUAAUCAAUUUUGAUACAAAGGAACAAAAAUCACAAACAAAAGUCAUUGAAUGAAUAGUGCUGUUUUGGCAUUUUCAUCACAAAUAUCAAAAGCUUGAUUUCCCUUUGUUAUCUUCAUAAAGCCACGAAAUUUCUACCUUAAAAGGACAAGGAUUAUUGGUCUUUUAAAUCCAAAGGAGAUCAGCCAUGAAGGACUUUUCACACCAAGAUAAAAUGGGAGCAAAUGGCAUGAGAAAUAAGGAAACUUCCUCUUACUUUCAGUUUUGUUUUGUUGUAUGUAUUAUUAGCUAAGUGUAUUCCUUUUUAGUCUAUAUAUAUUCCUGCCAUAUGGUCAUUGUAAGCACAACCAGAUUAUUGAAUUAAAAACCUUGUUUACUC